AUGGUCAGGUUCGAUGCGUGGCCGAUAUACUCGGCAAUCUGUCGGCGUACGGACAGCACUGGCCUUGUGGAGUCAGCAACGCCACUACAGCGUCCCAUGGAUACAUUCGGGCGUACUCGCGAUCUCCAAUUGCUCAAACAACGCGUCGUCUCGCUCACCUGUUACUCUUACCCGCCCUCGCUCAACCCAGACGCAAACACCCAAACCUUGUUUUGUCGACUGCGCAACAAGGCCAGCUCGGUCUAUCAAAUUGCGUACGCUACGGUACGCCUUGUUACAAUCGCGGGUUCUAAUCGCUGUACAGAAUAUGGUCGACUAGAGUUUGGGCCACAAGCCGACCUCUUGCCUGUAUCCCGACAAUGGCACAUGCUGCAUGCCUUCACGGCGCCUUCUCCAUGGCGCACGGACGUUCGUCACUUCGAGCGCCUCGACACCCCACCUAGCUGUCGGUCCCACAUGCUUCACUUAACUACUAUCAUGCAGGCGACCUUGAAAACUCCGCCUUGA